CUCCUGUCAUGGGCAGCGCCGAGAGCGCCGAGGCCCGAAGGGUGUCUUUCGAGAUGGAUGAGGAGGAGCGGGUCCGGGUGCUGCAGGGCAUCCGGCUGUCUGAAAGUGUUGUGAACCGCAUGAAGGAUUGCAGCCAGCCUUCAGCAGGGGAGCAGCCGGCUCCUGGUCUUGGUCCUGCGCCCUCCUCUCCUGUACCCAUUGUUCCUGAACCAACCAUCCCUGUGCCCACUGCCCCUACACCUACCACUUCUGUGCCUACUUCUCUUUCACCCUCUGUAUGUGGUCCCCCAGAAGGCACUUAUAAAGCUCCUCAGACAGACUUUAAAGUGUUCAGUGCAGAGAGUGGUGGUGGUCUGCAGUCCUCAGCAGUGAAGGAGGAUCUCAAGAAGUUCCAACAGCAGCAGGCAGCAGUCCAGGAUGAGCUGGUCAAGGUGGCAAAAAAGGAGAAAGAGGCAGCUGAGAAGCACUUGAAGGCAUCCCUGCCCAAGAAGAAGGUCAGGCCCACCCAUGAACAGCAGCAGUCAGCUCGACUAGCCAGGGAACUGGAGAACAGAGAGGCCGAGCUCAGCCGCCGUGACACCUUCUACAAGGAGCAGCAGGGGCGCAUCCAGGAGAAGAAUGCUGAGCUGUAUAAACUGUCUUCCCAACAAUUCCAUGAGGCGGCUUCAAAAGCAGAGAGCACAAUAAAACUGUGCUGUCAACAAUGCCACACCCACCAGACUCCCCUUGGAAAACUGAUGCCUGCUGACUCCUCAGCUGACUCCACUGGCCAUUGGCAUAAGCUUCCUGCAUGUUCAACUCCACAUAAGUUCAGGCCCCGCAGAGUGGAGCCUGUGUGCUCUGGCCUACAAGCCCAGAUCCUCCGCUGCUACCGUGACCAUCUGCAUGAGGUGCUUCUGUGCUCGGACCUGGUCAAGGCAUACCAGCACUGCGUAAGCACCGCCCGCAAGGGCUGAGGAGCAGCAUCUUUCCUGGAGCCUUGAAGAAGGGAUGGAUCAUGGGACCACAGAUCAUGGCCCCCAUUCCCUGCAGUCUCUGACUGAGUACCCAUAUGCCUCUGAGCAUGGGGCUGCCAUGCUCAAGAAACAGUAUGUGCUACUGAUUGAAAACAAAUAAAGCAGAUGUCUUUGUUUGCAGUCAUUCA